GUUGUUUGUCCGCUGGCACUGGGCCACGCUGGGCGGCACCGCCCCUGUCGCUCCCACCCGCAGUCUCGGGCUGGCCUGGCGCGGGAGAGGAGCGGUAUCGUCCGAUCUCCGUCGACACCAGACACCACCCCACAGCAUGGCAGAGCUUCAGUGGGCCGCGGGCUCGGGCGGAUCCGUGCCGGAGGGCGCCGUAGCCUGCGAAGGCUCGUACGUCGGCCGGGCCCACCACGACAACGGCAUCAUCGUCGGCCCCGUCGUCUGCGGCGACGGCUGCUGCGCCAUCGGCUACUGCGGAGAACGCUUCACCAAAGACGAGUACGAGGUGCUGCUGGAGCCCACGGACGGGAGGCGUCUCCGCUGGGAGCCCUUCAGAGGCGAGAUGCCCGAGGGGGCCGUGAAGGGGGGCUACCUCUGCUCGGGACACACGCUGUAUGUGGGACGUGCCUGGAAGGAUGGCAAACUGCUUGUCGGCCAUAUCAACACCGUGGACAAGGUAUGCUGCGUUCCGUCCGAGGACCAGUGCUUCGACUGCAGCGACUUCUUCGUCCUGGUCGCCUACUGAUCCCCGCACAGGGAAACAGGCGGCGAGCCGACCAGGAUCAGCGCGGAUCGCGACGAAUCGAAGGAGGAUCAAGGACCCAUGGCUUCGUUGCUUGGGCAAAUUUUCGCGGGACAUGCUUAACCACGUGGAUCUGUGAGGUUAACACGUUUCCUGCCUGGGUCUUGCAGUGCUCAUGCGCGUCUUACUGCGCAGCUGUCGCUGUGUUUAACAUGCGAAUGUUCUCGUCCGCCUUAUGACCAUUUUGUCAUGGGAAAUAGAACAAAACGUUGGACUAUG